CAGAGACGGAGCAGUAGUCAUAAUAAACCUUUUGACAUUGGAAAAACAGGAUUUUCCACCAUUUACAAUUGCGAUAAACACGGAAGGCAAAAUAAAAGAGAAAAGAAACUUCAAAGAAAAAGGGAAAGGAAACAAGAGAAAGGCGGUCCUCAUAAGUCAUAACCACGUCAUCUUACCAAUGGGAAACUAGCUGCCGCAUCAUUCUCUCGAAUCCCAUUGGCUAAGGUAUCCACGUCAUCAUCUUCUCCAACCGCCUACACAUAUCCAGAACUUCUAAUUCUGAACUCAUUUUCUUUCCUCAAAACAAAUUUCUUCACCCCUUUACCUCGUACCUGAUAAUUUGAGUAUUUUUCCUCCCUAUUUUGCAGUUACAGAGGGAUCAGAUUCUCUCAACAAUUUUAAUUUACGGAAAUCUCAACAUUCUUUUGGCCGAGUUUAAGAUAAAAACCCCAAUUAAAUGGCUUCGGGUUUGGGUGCGCGUUCAGCUGUCAUAUUCGGAUUUUGGUCGGUUUUGAUUGCAAUUCAAUUCACAUUCUGUACAGCUUUGGUCGCCAGCCAGGAUAUUCAUCCUCCCUAUCCAAAAGCUAUAUCUGAUUUGAGGGAUGCGAUUGUUAAGGGAUUAGGGUUUCAAGCGGAUGAUUUUAAAAUAACUGGGUUUGAUUUAAGAGACGCCCUAGUGGGAAGAUCGGUGGCGUAUGAAUUUGAUGUUGAGAUUGACAAUAAAGUUCUUCCCUUUAAGCUUUUGGAGGAUGUUAAUAAAUGGGAAUAUGUUGAUUUGCCCAUUUUUCGACCAGACAACUCUAUGGGAGGGUUAGAGGAAAAUGGGUUGGUGGAGAAAGAGCAGAUGGAUAAACAGAUGCCAGUCUUGGCUCCCUUUCAGUUAGCUGGCCCAAUGGAACUCUGGAUUCAGGAUGCCAAGAACAUGCGAAUUUCUCUACCUCAUGAUGUGGAUGCCGGUGUUCUGAAGAAAGUCAUAUUGGCUGAUGGGGCUGUUGUAACUGUGAAGGGUGCCAGAUCUGUAAGCCUACGUCACCCAGUUGAGCUGCCGCUUCCAUUUAACAGGACAAGUAAUGGAUUUGCGUCGGGUCUUUUGACCCUGGCUGAGCGUCUUCGUCUUGCAGCUCGUGGCCAAGAGAGCCCCCUUCUAUCCCUUCGUAUUGUUGGUGCAACCUCUCUUACAUCCCCAACUUCAUCUGCAACUUCAACCAACAGGCUCAAACUUAAGCGGCUUGCACCUGGGCUUGUGGAACUAUCUUCAGCAUCAAAAGUAAAAGCCUUUGAUGCCCUCUCAACCUUCGAUUUUGAAGGGGAAUCAACAGCUCUUCUCUCUCCUAACCAGUUCACUACACUUUGGCCUGUGCCAUCCAUCAAUGGAUCAAACGCUAACCUUCUUGGUUUUGAGUCCCUACUGUCUUCUGUGCUGGGUUCAAAAGCGAGUAAGAAGGGUUCUUUUAAGUUAUUGAAGGCAGAUAUAUCUGCUCAGACUUUUGUCAAGAUAGGUUUUGGUGUAGAGAAGAAGUUGAAAGCAGGAGAUGAGGUUGCCUGGGAAGGCAUUCCUGCUUGGAGGACGAAACCUGAGGCUGUAAGAAUGCACUUUGAAGUGUUGGCUAAGGUUGAUGGAGACAAGGUUGUUCCAGAGAGAGUGUUACAAGUUAAUCCAGUUGUGGUUGAGGAUGCCGUGGCUCCAAACUUGCUCACGGGCAAUGCGACAAUGUCGAAGAUCCCUGUUGUCCACCCUCCACAAGAUCCUUUUUCCUUGUGAAAUUGUUUAGUGCUAUUGAGCAUACGCAGAGAAGAAAUUUUUUCUCCCCUUCUAUUCUGCUAUUCUGCCCAAUUGACAGCUUUAUUGUAGCAGUAAAUAAGGAGCUUUACCUUAUACGCAAACCUAUAGUAAAAAAACACAAGGGUUUGAUAGUUGAAACUUUGUAUAAAUAUAGUCAUGACAGUCAUAUAUUAUCAAAUCAUUAACCGAUUGUUGAUGAAGUGCUUGAUUUAGACUUUUUGAUUUAGACUUUUUGGUUGUCGAUGAAGUGCUUGACUUUCUCCAGCUUCCCGAGUUUUAAAUAUCCUGCUUGUGAAGACGAUGAAGUACUAUGGAACCGCGAGGAUUGGACAGUUCCGUUACUAGCAUACUCAAAAAACUAGAUUCUUCAUCGGUAACAUGAAGUGCCUUCUCUGAUCUGUCGGUAGCAUUUGCUGCAGAGCACAUAUGUAAUAUUGUUUUCUGAAUGGAGAAUAUUAUUUUUGGUUGAGCUAUAAUCUUGCAGAAGUGUGCCUUUAACCUCAUGGCAAACAUUAAACCAAGGGGAAACUUAGGUUCACAACAGUUUGCCCUGGACUAGAGUACAAAUGGCUUACAAUCAAUUUGUACAAAUAGAGCUAACGUUUCAUUUCUUUAUGAAGGAAACUCCCUUUUCGAUGCUUACAGCCAACUCUUGCUUUGCUUCCUCCAGCCCAGCCCUGAAAGAAAAAGCAUAAGAUAAAUGACACAUCCGGAACUGAUUCAAGCAUACCAAGAAAUUGUCAGGAGGCAUUUUACCCCCAGCAUCAACUGGAAGUAAAAGGGAUUGUCUUAUACCUUUCGUAUUCAUUCAAGGGUCCUAGUUGAUAGACUUCUUCAGCUCCAGUACGCCCAAGUCUCACUUUUGUCGCGAAAAAUGGAAGUUCUGUGACCUGAUAUUAAUUUUUGUGCAUGUGUCAGUAACAUACUGCAAAAGAGAACAAAUGGAGGCCUAAAAGAGGUGUAGAUAUGAACCUGGGAAGCUACGAAAGCGCAUUCCACAACGCCAGCAUCUCCUCUAAGGCCUCGCAAGCAUGCAUCUGCAAAUUUCACUGCUGCAUAUGCCUGCAACAAGUUAUCUUCGCGUGAAUUCUAUACUUAGCCACAGUAGUAAAAUUCAUUUUUGCACUACAUUUUCUUUGUGAUUAAGAAGGAUAUAACUAACCAUCGAUAGAGUGGCAGAGCCAGCCCCAGCCUUUGCCUGGAAAAAGGCAUAAACAUUGACCAGUCAAUGUUAGCUAUAGUUUAGAUAAUAAAUGGUCAUCAUUCAAUUCAGUCCUUGGUAAUAACAGUACCUGGACGACUUCUGUUCCACCAUCUUGGAUGCGUUUUGUCAGGUACUCAGUUUCCUCAGGCGUAAAGGAGCACGGAGGUUUAACCUGCAGAAUGCAAUACAAUGUGACUGUUGAAUGUUGAUAAUUGAAUCUGGCUUUGUAAAAUAGUCACUCCGGUAUUGGAUAGAAUGAUCUCUAACCUGUGAGAGAAGAGGCAAAAUAGUCACUCCAGCAUGACCUCCUACAACAGGAACAUCAACAUCCCUGGGAUCAAGCCCCAGAACUUCUGCCUGAAAGAAUUCAAGAUAGCAGAAAAAUGCUUCAUCAACAACGAGAAGUUCAGUAAAAAAAAGGCAUUCGAGUCAGGCAAUUUCCGGUGUUGUUAGUGAAAGAAAUGAUUAAGUUAAAAAUGUGAACAAUGUGCUCAAAUCAACAACAAGAAGUGGAGAUACAUACAACAAAUGUGUUGGCUCUGACAACAUCAAGCAUGGUCACUCCCAAAAGCUUCUUUGGAUCAUAAGUGCCGGCUUUCUUGAAAACUUCUGCAGCAAUUGGGACGGUGGAGUUUACCGGAUUGCUGAUCAAGUUCACAAUUGCAUUAGGACAGCACUUAGCAACUCCUUCACACAAGGUUUUUACAAUUCCAGCAUUGAUUUUGAAGAGAUCAUCUCUAGUCAUUCCAGGCUUCCUGGGAACACCAGCAGGGAUAAUCACAAGCUCCAUUCCAGUAAGCGCAGCCUCAAGUUGCGGAGCUCCCAGAAAACCCCUAACCUAAAAACCAAGCAUAUAACAUGAAGCUUAGUUGGUUUAACCUUUUCAUCAUGUAAUUGCGGACUGGAAUUAAUAUCAUUAGGCGUACCACAGCACCGGUGUCCAUGUGGCUGAUAUCAGCAGUAACUCCAGGGGCAUUAACAACAUCAUACAGAUGAAGAACAGAGACUAAUGGGUUCAUCUUCAUCAACAUAGCCAAAGGUUGUCCAAUUCCUCCAGCAGCUCCUAAUAUUGCCACUUUGAAUCCAGGGGAACCUCCUUUUGCUCUGCAAUUGAUUUGCUCCAACAUGGGAUUCCCCUCCAUCU